AUGAAGUUGUGUAUUAUUUGUGCUUUUUCGUUAUUCAUCUGUGGCAUCGCUGAGGAGUUUUACGAUGGAAGAUACGAUUACUACGAUACAGACUACUUAGUUCAGAAUCCGCGAUUAUUAAAAAAAUAUAUGAAUUGCUUCUUAAACAGAGGCCCCUGUACGCCCAUUGGACGAGAAUUCAAACUUGUUCUACCAGAAAUAGUCCGCACAGAGUGCUCAAGAUGCACCACAUCCCAGAAGAGACUAGCGCAGAGGACCUUCGAAGCCUUCAAAAUAUAUCUACACGAUGACUACAUUAUUCUGAAACACAAACUCGAUCCAGAUAAUAAGGAAUUCACACUUGCUCAACCAUUUCCCGGCAACAUGCUGCGUGUCGAAUACCACCGAGCGGAUGACAUUUCGGCAUCAGCACGGUUCUGGCUGCACAGCAUUUUCCCCAUCAUUGCAGCAUAUUGCACUUACCAAAGGCUCAAAUUCCUCCGCACGUUUGAUAUUGGCGAGCCAUACGUAGUCCGCAAGUGUAAAAGAAUUAACAGAAUGAAGACGUUCAUUGUUCUGGUCUGCUUGGUGCUGUCUGUUCGUGCCGUGGAGAAGUACAGUUCGAAGUAUGAUAACUUUGACGUGGAGACGCUGAUCAACAACGAGAGACUUCUGAAGUCAUACAUCAACUGUUUCUUGGAUAAAGGCAGGUGUACGUCAGAAGGAGCCGACUUUAAAAAACAUUUACCAGAAGCGAUAGAGACCACAUGCGGUAAAUGCAGUGAAAAGCAAAAGAACAACAUACGCAAAGUGAUCAGGGCCAUUCAGCAAAAACACCCCAAACAAUGGGACGAGCUCGUCAAGAAGAACGACCCAUCUGGCAAACACAGAGACAACUUUGACAAAUUCAUCCAAUCCAGUUAA